GACUUCCCCAGACUUCAUUUGACAUAUAUAAAAUCAUACAGCUAGGUGUAUCCAGAACGAAGUGUAACAGAGGAUAGGUGAGAAAUUCAUAGAAGUUGAGAGCCAGAGAGAGUAAUGGGUAGCUUAGAAGGAAACAACAAUGGCUCCUUCAAUCCAAAUGAAACAAGAGGAAAGGUGAUCACUUGCAAAGCUGCUGUUGUUUGGGGACCAAAACAACCAUUUGUAAUAGAAGAUAUACAAGUUCAUCCUCCUCAAAAAUUGGAAGUUCGUAUUAAAAUUCUCUAUACAUCUAUCUGUCACACUGAUCUAAGUGCUUGGAAAGGAGAGAGUGAAGCCCAACGAAUCUACCCUCGCAUACUCGGCCAUGAAGCAGUUGGGAUCGUUGAGAGUGUUGGAGAAGGAGUUACCGAUAUGCAGGAAGGAGAUAAAGUAGUACCAAUCUUUAAUGGUGAAUGUCAAGAAUGUAUUUACUGUAAAUCAGAGAAGACUAAUUUAUGCGAGAAAUUCCGAGUUAAUCCAUUCAAAAGCGUUAUGCACAGUGACGGAAAAACAAGGUUCACGACUCGGCACGGGUCACAACCGAUUUAUCAUUUUCUGAACACUUCAACAUUUAGCGAGUACACUGUUAUCGACUCGGCUUGCCUUGUUAAGAUCGAUUCAGAUGCUCCACUUAAGAUGAUGACUUUACUCAGCUGUGGCGUUUCAACAGGGGUUGGAGCCGCAUGGAACACAGCAGAUGUGAAAGAAGGAUCGUCUUUAUCCAUUUUUGGAUUGGGUUCUGUUGGACUUGCGGUUGCCGAAGGUGCACGAGCUAGAGGAGCUUCUCGAAUCAUAGGUGUCGAUACUAAUCCGUCCAAGUUCAUCAAAGGUGUGUCAAUGGGUAUAACCGACUUUAUCAACCCUAUGGACUCAGACAAACCUGUACAUGAGAUAAUUAGAGAAAUGACUGGAGGGAAAGGAGUUGAUUACAGCUUCGAGUGUGCAGGCAACCUUGGCGUUCUACGGGAAGCAUUUCUAUCCACCCAUGAUGGGUGGGGACUAACAGUAGUUUUGGGAAUUCACCCAACGCCAAACAUGAUGCCUCUCCAUCCGAUGGAAUUGUUCGAUGGUCGGAAAAUCGUUGCAUCUGUCUUUGGAGACUUUAAAGGGAAGUCCCAGUUGCCCAAAUUUGCAGAUGACUGCAUUAGCGGGGUGGUGAAACUGGAUGGAUUUAUAACUCAUGAGCUUCCCUUCUUAAAGAUCAAUGAAGCAUUUGACCUUCUCGUGAAGGGUGAAUCUCUCAGAUGCCUCCUCCAACUUUAAGUCUUUUUGUUUUCCUUCACUGAGGGCCUUUAGCCGUGGUCCAUAUCGAGGGCUUUUAGUCGUGAGUUAAGAAUUUGUACGUUAAUUUAUAGUUUCUUAGUGUUCGCUUCGUUGCAUUAUAUGUUGGGUGCAAUAAUCAAAAACAAAGCAAAAUCAAAUAAGCAAAAGUUAUUGAUACAUA